CACGAACUUGAAGGACGCACUUCCCACCUCUUAUUACCACUUUGGCUCGGCGCAAGGCUGACGGAAAACCUCGUCACCUGGGCACACGGGCAAGCAGUUUGAAUGCAGUGUGGCUCUUUGACAUCCGGGACCUGAGAGCCCUCGAGACCAUCCAGAGAAUUGGAACGCCAGCAGCCACUUUCACUCGGGCUAUCUCCAACAGCCGAACAAUAGCUUGCCACGGCAAUCGUGAUUCCUGCUCGAUUCCAGGAAACUAGAAUAUGACGGCCGGGUAUUCUGUAGCGGUGCUUUCGCUUCGGUUCGGUUAUUAUGUUGUUGGUCAGGUAGAGAAACACAACUUUGAGGAGAGGAAGGUCGGUCCGGAACCCCACUGGCGCUGGUGAAUGAGAUUGCAUUGGAUUGAACUGGAUGACCCACUGGCAUCGAUCUGAAAGUUGCACUGGCAACUCGCAUCUCCGUCAGGCUGACACCUACCUAGGCACUGUACCCGCUCCCAGUAGUUGUAUGGGAAGUCUAGGACCGACCUUCCGUCUUUGAAAUGCUCUUCAUUCUGGCUCAUGGCGAAUAGGACUUGGGUGGUGUGGUAGCGUUAUAAUAAGUUGUAUUCUGUUGUCCUCCUCAGUUGUGAAUUCAGUCACUACUACAACAUUAGUAUUCUGGCGGAAUUGCGUGCGCCAGAGUGGGCCUGUGCCACGGUUGGAGGGAUCCAUUGCCCUACCAUACCUAAUAAGUUUCGGUGGUGUUAUUGAUUGGAAAGGCGCGUAUAUAUCUGUGCUUGAUUUUUAAUGGCAUAGACAACCCGUGGUAUAUUUCCGGUAUUAUAUCUUGGGAUCUGUUUACCAAGGGAUUUAUAUACUUGGUCUUUGAUUUGGGACUGUUGGACAGCCGGGUAUAUAUAUCAGAUUGAAUGGCAGGCAAAAUGGACAAAAACUCUCGAAUCCUGAUAGUCGGCGCUGGAGCGUUUGGGACAUCGACAGCAUACCACCUGUCCCAACGAGGCUACAAAUCCAUCCGGGUGCUUGACAAGCAUCCGGUGCCCUCGAUCGAUGCGGCAUCGACCGACAUCAGCAAAGUCAUCCGCUUCGACUACAACGAGCCACUUUACGCGCGACUGGCGCUCGAGGCCAUUGAGAUAUACAAGUCGUCCGACCUCUACCGGGACCUCUACCAUGUUCCAGGAUGGGUGCUGAGCGCGUUGAACCUGUCGGUUCCUUUCGUGAAAGGAUCGAUAAGCACGUCGGAGCGGCUGGGCGUCAAAGGGCUCGAGAUCCUGUCCAAGGACCAGGUGCGUCAGCGCAUUCCUCAGGUCAAGGGCGACCUAGACGGGUGGAACAUCAACGUAUGGAACCCCAGCGCCGGCUGGAUCGCUUCAGGCGAGGCGUUGAAAAGAUUGGCCGAGGCGGCCCGGGCCAACGGUGUCGAAUUUGUUUCGGGCACUGACAGAGGUACGGUGCAAGAGCUCAUUGUAUCCAAUGGGAAAUGUGCCGGUGUUCGAACUCGCGAUGGGACAGUUCACACCGCGGACUUGGUGGUUCUAGCGGCGGGUGCAUGGCUUCCCAGUCUCAUUGACCUCAAGGACCAGCUGAUCGCCAAGGGACACAGUGUCGCACACAUCCAACUGUCUCCAGAAGAGGCGAAACGCUACCAGAACAUGCCGAUACUGGAUAACUUGGAAUUGGGGUAUUUCUUCCCUCCGGCCCAGGAUGGCGUUUUCAAGACGGCGCACAGCCAAUUCAUCACCAACACUAUGUCUAAAAAUGGUGUUUCCACGCCCCACACUUUUGUCGAGAAUCCAGACGAUGGCCUGCCUUUGGAGAUCGAAGCCACGAUGCGCCGAAAUAUCAGGAGAGUCUUGCCUGAAUUGGCGGACAGACCUUUUUCGUUCACUCGGCUGUGUUGGGACGCCGAUACCCCGGAUCGCCAUUUCUUGAUUACUCCCCAUCCGGACCAUAAGGGCCUCUUCAUUGCCGGAGGUGGCUCGGCCCAUGGCUUCAAAUUCAUGCCUGUGUUGGGCAAAUAUAUCGCUGAUUUGUUGGAGGGGACCUUGGAACCGGAUAUUGCACGGGCCUGGCGGUGGCGGCCUAAUCAGAAGAUGGGAACGAAUCUGGCCCACAUGGAUCCUGAAAUGGAGUUGCGCGAUCUCUCGGGUUGGCAUGGCAGAAGGAGAAAUGGACCUCAGAAGCGAGAGGCAAGGCUUUGAUGUCCUAUAACUGCAGAGUGUAGGCGGUGUUAGGAUCGGCCCGAGAGAAAAUCUCAGAUAGAUGGGAAAGGUACAUGCGGGAAUGAAUCCACCUGUUAUGUUAGACUGAUUCUCCAGCCACCAAGCAUAUCGAGCGCUUUCUCCCAUUCGUAUUGCACAUAGGUUUGGGCUCUGUUCCCUCUUUGGUUUUGGGCUCGACCCGAAGCAGGCGAAGGCUCGUCCCUCAAUAGAUCCUUUUGGC